AUGGAGGACAAGGAGCCGCCGUACGCGCCCUUCUUCGGCGUCAUGGGCGCCGUGGCGGCGAUAUCGUUCAGCGCGCUGGGCGCCGCCUACGGCACCGCCAAGUCCGGCGCGGGCAUCGCCGCCAUGUCGGUGAUGCGUCCCGAGCUCAUCAUGAAGUCCAUCAUCCCGGUCGUCAUGGCCGGUAUCAUCGCCAUCUACGGACUUGUGGUGGCGGUGCUCAUCUCUAGUGCACUGAGCUCUUCGUACAGGCUGUACCAGUCCUUCCUGCACCUGGGCGCCGGCCUCAGCGUUGGGCUGAGCGGCCUGGCCGCGGGCUUCGCCAUCGGCAUAGUCGGGGACGCCGGCGUGCGCGGCACGGCCCAGCAGCCUCGACUCUUCGUCGGCAUGAUCCUGAUCCUGAUCUUCGCUGAAGUGCUUGGUCUGUACGGGCUCAUUGUGGCGCUCAUCAUGUACUCGCGUUAG